GCUUCGCCCCCUUGAAGCUACUCCCCUGCAGGUGGGGACCCAGGGGCUCAAACGGGGAUCCUUAGGCUGGCUCCUGAGCUUCACGCCACUUGCAGUUAACCCGCUGCGCUACCGCUUGACUUCCAUUUACUAGAUUUUUGUGGAUGUUUUUGUUGAAGAAAAGUUAAAAGGUUGGAAGGAGAUGUCAGUAGAAUUUGUGGGCUUUGUCAUGGUCUUAUUAGAUAGGAUAACUCACUAAAUGUUUCCAUAACCUCUUCUGUUUCCAUUGCACAGCUAGGGUGUUGUACCUUUUAUUCACUACAGUAUCUUCCAUCUAGGGGCCAUACUGUCCAGUGAAGAAGCUGUGCUGCUAGAUUUAAACAGAGUCUCAAGCUAUUGCUGUGAUUGAUCUUCCAUUUUCUGGCCUGAAAGACAUUCAAGGAAAGAGGAAGAGAUGGCAGUUUCUUGGGGCUCAGUGACCUAUGAAGAUGUAGCUGUGAUAUUCACUCAAGAGGAGUGGGCACUAUUGAAUCCAUCGGAGAAGAAACUCUACAGAGAUGUAAUGUGUGAAAACUUGAGGAACUUUCUUUCACUAGAAAAGAUACAAGAACAUUCCACCAAAGGGCAGCAUAUCUUCCAUGGGAGUAAACAAAGUAAUACAACAGUAAAAAUAUCUGAGGGCAAGGAUAGUCAUAAUGCUGGACUAUCUCAAGAAUGUGAAGUAUACAACAAAUUAUUCACAUAUCCUAUUCAUCUUCAAAAACAUGAAAGAAUUCACAGUGGAGAGAAACCCUAUGAAUGUAAACUAUGUAGGAAAACAUUCAGUUGUUCCAGUAGUCUUCUGGCACAUGAAAGAAUUCACAGUGGAGAGAAGCCCUAUGAGUGUAAAUUAUGUAGUAAAACAUUCAGGCAAUCCAAGGAUCUUCAGCAACAUGAAAGAAUUCACAGUGGAGAGAAGCCCUAUGAAUGUAAACAGUGUAGUAAAACAUUCAGUUGUUCCAGUCAUCUUCGGUCACAUGAAAGAAUUCACAGUGGAGAGAAACCCUAUCAAUGUAAACAGUGUAGUAAAACAUUCCGGCAAUCUGGAACUCUUCAGCAACAUGAAAGAAUUCACAGUGGAGAGAAACCCUAUCAAUGUAAACAGUGUAGUAAAACAUUCCGGCAAUCUGGAACUCUUCAGCAACAUGAAAGAAUUCACAGUGGAGAGAAAACCUAUGAAUGCAAACAGUGUAGUAAAACAUUCAGUUAUGACAAUAGUCUUCGGGCACAUGAAAGAAUUCACAGUGGAGAGAAACCCUAUGAAUGCAAACAGUGUAGUAAAACAUUCAGUUGUUCCAGUCAUCUUCAGAGACAUGAAAGAAUUCACAGUGGAGAGAGACCCUAUCAAUGUAAACAGUGUAGUAAAACAUUCCGGCAAUCUGGAACUCUUGAGCAACAUGAAAGAAUUCACAGUGGAGAGAAACCCUAUCAAUGUAAACAGUGUAGUAAAACAUUCCGGCAAUCUGGAACUCUUCAGCAACAUGAAAGAAUUCACAGUGGAGAGAAACCCUAUGAAUGCAAACAGUGUAGUAAAACAUUCAGUUAUGACAGUAGUCUUCGGGCACAUGAAAGAAUUCACAGUGGAGAGAAACCCUAUGAAUGCAAACAGUGUAGUAAAACAUUCAGUUGUUCCAGUCAUCUUCGGACACAUGAAAGAAUUCAUAGUGGAGAGAAACCCUAUGAAUGUAAACAAUGUGGUAAAACAUUCCGGCAAUCUGGUGGUCUUCAGCUACAUGAAAGAAUUCACAGUGGAGAGAAACUCUAUGAAUGUAAACAGUGUAGUAAAACUUUCAGUUGUUCCAGUCAUCUUCGGUCACAUGAAAGAAUUCACAGUGGUGAGAAACCCUAUGAAUGUAAACAAUGUAACAGAACAUUCAGGAGAUCCAGUCUUCUUUGGGAACAUGAAAGAAUUCACAGUGGUGAGAAACCCUAUGAAUGUAAACAAUGUAGUAAAACAUUCACUUGUUCCAGUAGUCUUCGGAUACAUGUAAGAAUUCACAGUGGUGAGAAACCAUAUGAAUGUAAACUAUGCAGUAAAACAUUUAAUAAUUCCAGUAGUCUUCGUAAACAUAAAAGGAUUCACAGUGGAAGGGCAGAAGAUAGCAUUGCCCCGGCCUGCGGGGUUAUCGACGGAAACCUAGGGUAGGGGGCGAGAGAAUGGAGGGGACAAGAGACACGAAGAACAAGAGCAAGACAGGAAGUCUGAUCAAGCUCUGAAAAUUUUAUUUUGCAGCUGCAUUUUAAGCACACACCAUGAGGAAGUUCUGCUAAGGUAGUGGGGGAGGGAGGUGGGUGAGCAACUUUCCAAACAGCUAGAUGGUAAUCUCAGUUCCAAUGAUCGGAAUGUCCUCUCACCGGCUAUGUGAGAGUCUUAGCUAAGGCCUAGGCUCCCCGCAUGUCCUCCCUUUUUAUAAUUUAAGUGAGGCAGGAAAUUGAGGGUAAAAGCUAGGAAUCUUAUCAAGAGAUAAGUGGGCAUUAACCAGAGGGGAGAAGUAUUGACCUGAUUUCUCCCGCGGGGUAAAUAUAGACCUGAUCUUCCCACAUCUUAUACGGCUCUUGGUGUCUUUUUGGGGAGGGGAGGCAGAGCCACUAUUUCUAAGGUGAGGAAAACUCAUGGCGAAGAGUUCUGAUGACCAACACCAACCUCCAUGCAAAUCAGAUUUGCUUCACGGGGGACUCAGAGGCGGACUAUAUAGGGUCCUCCCUCUGCAGUGCUUAGCCUUGCACCCCUUACCAGUGCCCAUGCCAUGCCAAGGCUGGCGUGCAUAAAUCUGAGUUUUAUGCAACUCCUAAAAGAGGUCUGUCACCCUUAGGUUCAGCCAAGCCUCUGUCAGCCAAAUCAAGUCUGUGAUAAUAUAUUUGUAAGGGUUUUGAUGCCAAGGAGUCAAUUUGUUGUUUUAUAAAGCCAAUAAUCUUAUUAAAAAUAAAAGGUCCCAAAGUAAUCAUUAACAAAAGACUAAUCAGGGGUCCCAUAAGGGGCAUCAAAAUGUCCUAGCGUGCCACCAGCAAGUCUAAGGGAAGCAGUCAGUGGAUGUGAUGUCCAGGGGAAGAAACACAGCAGUCUGGUCCUCUGGUGGUCGUCAGCGCCAACUUAUGAAGUUCUUCUUCAUAGAGGGUCAGCUGUGGAACAAGCAAAACUAGGAGGCAAUGACCAGUUAGAGAAGAAUUGACAUGAAAAUAUAGGGUGGUGGUGUACCAAAACACAAACAGAGGAGGUGCAUACACAUUAGAUGAGGUUCCUUGAACAUGAGGAAUAUUUUGAGAAAUGUGAGCAGUCAAUAAACAUGCAAGGAUGAAGUCAGCAGUGGUAGGUCAGCAGAAAGAGAAGACUUGGAUAGGCUGGUGAGGUUAGCUGGAGUAUAUGCUGCCAUGGAGUCUUUUGUGGUAAGGACUUGCCAACAGGGACUCUGGAUUUUGCAAGAGCAAUAAUAUCAUCCACCAUAAUAAAAGGAAAACAAAUAUGGACAUCGAGUGUUGAAAAAAGAAAAAGAAGAAAUAUGUCUCUAUGGCUGGAAAAGUGGGUGGCUUUGUCAAUGAGAUAUAAUAAAUGGACAAUUCGAAUUUUUGUAAAUA